AUGGCGCACCGGGUGACGCUCCCCGGCGUAUCGCGCCCCCGAUGCGCCCCGCCGUCGAUCACAUGCACCGCGAAGGGAUCGAGCGACGCGCCGGGUUCAGGCCCGACUCCCCCGACUCCCCCGAGGCGGGCCCUCCUGGGAGGCGCCGCGUCGUACGCCAUCCUCUCGUCCCUCGCGACUCGCGCCGAUCCAGCGGUGGCGUACGGCCUGGGUAACGCGCCGCCUCCCAAGACCGGCGGCCUGUUCGGCAGGAAGCAGCCGAGGAGCGAGGCUGAGAUUCGCGCCAUCCGAGAGGAGGCGGAGCGCAGGCGCGAGGAACGCGAGGCGGAGGAGAACCCUGGGGAGCUGGUCACGCUCCCGUCGGGAAUCCAAUACAGGGAGUUGGACGAGGGCAGGGCGGACGGCAAGACAGCCUGUAAGGGCGACACGCUGUACAUCCUGUACACCGUCUACAGGCUCGCCCCGGGGGCGUACUUCAAGUACUCGUCCGGGGGUACCCCCAUCUUCCUGUGGUCGCGCGGGUACGGCAACGAGGGCCAGGACGACGUCGGCGCCACGUACAGGUUCGUCCUCGGCGACUCCGACGCCGUCCCGUCAGCGGUGGCGCCCGCGCUGGUCGGGAUGCGCGAGGGCGGGCGAAGGCGCGUGCUGGUGCCGCCGCAGCUGGGAUGGACGAGCGACGCGGUGGGGCCCAGGCCGGCGACGUUCGGCGCGGGUCGGAGGCUGGAGAACCACAAGGAGGAGCCGCUGCUCUUCGAGGCGGAACUGACGAGAGUUCGAAAGAGCGACGAGGCGCCCACGGAGGAGGACCUGGCGGCGGAUUUGGAACCCGCGGGAUGGAGCGGGGUGUUCAAACUGCCCGCGCCGCCGUCGCCGUUCAGGGAUAAGCUCGGGGAGACGUCGUAGGUUUAGGUUUAGCGCGCGUCGUCGUCGACGGGUUCCCUCUCAUUAUUCACACAUCGAAAGCGGUGA